AUGUGUCGGUGGACGACGGUGCUCCUGUGGUGGCUCUCGAUCGCGUCGUCGUCGCACUCGGCGUUGUUCAGCGUCGAGAAGCUCAGGCUGUACGCGAGCAUCCUGAGCCUCGGCCUGCCGAGACCCGUUAACGAGACGGGCAAUGAGCUUUGGCACGGUCUCUUCAGGGAUUGCAGCAAGAGGGUGACGUUCUCCUGCAUACAGAAGAACGCGUACAGCUACCUGGGUAACGCGUUCCUCGAGCGGGACAACGUCACCGUCUUCGACGGCCUGGUACUCACGCGGAACAACGUCACGUACGACGUGACGUGUCCCCGAGCGGAGAACCGUAACGACGUCCGCGAGAAUCUCGUGGAUGACGUCAGCGCGGACGAAGACGACUGCGCGAGGAGAGCGGAGAGCAAUGACGAAGAAGCGGAUGCGGGGCAAGGUCGAAGGUUCGAGGACGAGCCGAAGUCGCCGCUCGAGGAGAUCGUGGACGCGCUACGACACAAGGCGAUGAAGUUCCUGUCGACUCGCAACUACGAGCUCCAGCUGCCGCGCUUCUUCUUCGAAGGCGCCACCGUGAAGAUCAGCCCGCGCGAGAUCGACGAGAACGGGGCCCUCCUCAGGGUGGACUUCGGCACCCAGCCGGUGCAGGAGCAGGGCCGAAUCUUCAAGAAAAUCAAGAAGUUCAUACAAAACAAAUUAUUGACAAGUUUCUUGGCGCUUCUCCUGAUCAUCAAGCUGAUCAAAGUGAAGUUCAUGUUCGUGAUCCCGUUCCUCUUCGGUGUGGGCACCGCGAAGAAGCUCUUCUUGAAGCUGUUGCUGUUCUUCAUCCCCGCGUUUGCGCACAUCUUCAAGCUCUGCUCCAGUUACUACUCGAGCCACUCCACCAAGUUCCACCACCACCACCAUCAGAUCGCGCAUCACCAUCAUCACGUGCCGGUGCCGGUGCCGGUUCCCACAUACUACGACCAUCACCAUCACCACCCUCAUCACGAGAACGAUGACUUCGACGGCUACGAUUAUGCCCACCCGCAUAUUCAGUACCGGAAGGACAUGGAGGAGCUGAAAGAAUGGGGUAUCGAGCCGUACGACGAGCAGUACGAGGACUCGAGUCAACAUUUGAACCGCGUGGUGCCAGCCGGGUCCGCGUAUCAGAGUUCAUACGGGAUCUCGCAGUACGCGCCGAACGUCAAGCCCAUCGAGUCGACCUACCUGGACAAUUCAGCCGGCGCGCACAACCUGGCCUAUUCCGGGUAUCUCAACGACGUCAAGUACAACCGGCGGCCGGCGCUCUCGGUGCACCCGAAUCUCGUUGCGAAGACGCCGCUGACGAAUCUGAAAAACACGUACGCGGCUUUCGCGUCGAACGUGCGACCAGGGCAUCCUCAAGUGCAGCGACUGUUGACGCCCGUCGCAGGGGCCAAGAGCGGGACCGUGUCGGGCCUGCUGCAAGAAACCGACGACGAGUACUACGGGCCGAUGAUCGCGAGGUUGGACGACAUCUUCGGGCAGCUGAGGUUCUACGAAGAAUCGUGUCGCGAGAGGCUCGUCUGCAGCAUGUACAAGAACCCGGCGGUCUACUCGCCGCACAGCAACCUCGUGUCCAACGAGCUUUCCAGAGACCCGCAGGAGCUGAAGCGUGGCGCGUCGGAAAGCGCGUCCAGCCGGAAGUUCCACCGGUACACGAGCGCGGCCAGGCACGGCCAGAACGGCGGAGACUGCCUGCGAAUGUACCCCUGCCACGUGAACACCGAGUAG